AUGCAAGCUACGCUGAAAAUGGGAACCGACCUCCGUCUCACGCGCCUCCGAAGGCUGCCUAUUGGGACCUUCAAGAGAGAAUCAGUUGUUGCGCCUACUAUGACACAGGAGCGUGGUAAUGAGAGUCACAUACUCAGUUCAUAUCUUGUCUUUGACCUUCAGUCCCUUCUUGAGGCAAACAGUCAGGGCCUUAUAGAGCCUUUGACGGGUGCCCUGCGCCGCAACCGGAUCCUCAUACCGGAGUUGGUGAUACAUCGACUGGACGACAAGAACAAGAAGGCAACCCAGACUCUUAGUCUUGGAAAUUCGGACGAAGCUACCGCAACGGCAAAACGCUUCCGUGACCUACUCCAGUUUCUGUCGCGAAACAAGGAAAAGGAUUGGCUGUUGCUCCAGCAAAAGGGAGUGAACGAGGAUCGACGCUUUUUCGCGAAAAACAACUUGGGCAAUGACUUGAACGACGUCCGGCGCUAUGUAAGCUACGCACUGUUCGUGAAGGGGAACGUCAGCGAAAAGGUCUUCUUCGUUACCUCGGACCCAGGACUGAAGAGGUGUGCGGAGGACGAAGGCGUUUUGACGGCGUCGAUAGGCGACCUUAUAGCAUAA